AUGUCUAAGAGAAGCUCGCCACACGGAGAGGAAUUCUCGUCCGACGACGAGAAUAUCAAGGCCGCAACCCCAACCAAGAAGAAAGCGACGACGACGACGAGGAUCGACCCCCGCAAGGCUGCCGGCGAGCUGAAUGAGAAGGAACCGCAGUGCCUGACCUGCUACAAUGGCUUCGACCCGCCCUCCAGCGCAGAAGUGAAGACCUGGGAACACAACAUGUCCCUCCUGUGAGUAAAUCCCGCGAAGUGCGUGUGCCUUCCCUUCCUGUCUGUGUACACCAACAUUCUUCUUGCUUUUUCCCUUCUUGUGUACACGAACAUUCUGCUUGCUCCUCACUUGUCUCUGUAUCCGCAACUACGUGUGAAUAAAUGUACUUUAUCCACUGCGAACAUGCCCGCGUGUAGGAUGCCCAUGCCAUUUGUAAGCGCCCAACCCGUACUGAAUGUGCCUUUGUACUUGCCCACACGACUGCAUUUUCGCGUGCGACAUGCGCUACCACCUGUAUGUGCCGAUCCUUUACGAUCGUGGGUCAGUCUUGCUUCUUCCCGAACUGCACUUUCCCCCAAACUCCUUGGCUAUUGGGCCUGACAACUACUGUUGCAUCAUAUUGCCACAUAUUUUCUCUUGAAAAAAGUGAGCAUUUUACUUGGGCCUGAUAAGCAAUGUUUGGAUACCGGGUCUUGUCAGUUCCGUCUUGGACAUUAUGUUGUUGUUUGUUGUUUUUCUUCACAUUAAACUCGUGUCAGUUGCUAAUCCCAAAAUCUAGCGAAGACUCGGUCCGUGGUCACAAAAAUGCUAGAGCCAUCAGAAGAUCUAAAGAACACGCAUACUAUUAGCAAGAAAAGGGUACGCAAGCCCGAGGAGGUACACAAUUAAAAGCACCCGGGUUAUCCGCGCCAUCUCUGCCGCGUCUCUCUACAAAACCAGUGACGUCGUCACACACACCCAACACCUGUAUUCAGGAAAAAAACGGAAAAAUAAUUGACAACACAAGAGAUGUUUGUCCGUGCGCCACGGUUCGAUGCCGUCCGCAUGCUCCGGUUCCGCUGCUCCGUGCCGCUGCUCCGGUGCCCAUGCUCCGGUGCCGCUGUGGCCAGUCCUAGCACGACCAAACUCGACCCGCUCCGCUUCGUACACGCUCUCGUUGCUGUCCUUCCCAGCCGGUUCCUCGCUUUCUCCCUCGUUGCACUUAGGGUUCUUGGUCUGAAAAUUCUCGCGCCGAAGGGUCAACCAGCCCAAUCAGCUCGUCACCACCUGUCCCCUCCUCCUUUGAUGGCAAAACCAGGUUACUGAGACAGUACAGCUCCCUCUAGCAAACCUAGGGCCGUGUACAUAGUGCCCGUCCACCUUUCUGAUGACGUCUGCCUCCGCGCACAAGGAUGAGAUGGGCAUCGCUGCCACCACCGACGGCCUGGAGGCCCGCGCAUCUGCACCUUUGUACCUGACGCACCAGUGCC